CUCAUCCUUGAUGGCGAGCAGCAAUGUGACCAACAAAAACGAUCUUCACUCCCUGAACUCCCGCGUCUUUAUCGGCAACCUCAAUACCUUGCUGGUCACCAAGGCUGAUGUGGAAACCAUCUUUGCCAAAUAUGGCAAGAUUGUCGGCUGCUCUGUCCAUAAGGGCUACGCCUUCGUUCAGUACUCAAAUGAGAGGAAUGCCAGGGCGGCUGUGGCUGGGGAGGAUGGCCGCAUGAUUGUUGGACAGGUGUUAGACAUUAACCUGGCCGGUGAACCAAAGCCUCGACGAUCGAAGACAGUGAAGCGAUCAGCAGGAGAAAUGUACAGCUCAUCCUUUGAGUUGGACUACGACUUCCAACGAGACUACUAUGACAGAAUGUACCCCUACCAGUCCCGGGUUCCUCCCCCUCCCUCGCCUCUGUCCCAUGCUGUCGUCCCCUCAAAGCGCCCAAGGGUCAGUGUGAGCGGCGGAGGGAGCCGACGAAGCAAGACCACCUUCUCCUCCUCCUCGAAGAGCAGAGGCUCCGAAGCUGUUUCACAGACAGGACAGAUGAGGACAGAUGAUUUACAAACCAUCAAGAGAGAGCUGACGCAGAUCAAAUACAAGGUGGACUAUCUGCUGGAGAGCAUAGAGCGCAUGGAGAAGGACCACAGCAAGAAGUCCGUUGACAUGAAACAUUUCAAACUGGAGCCUGGUGAAGUGUCCCCCCUUCACUCGUCUACCUCUAGCAAGAAGGAGGGCAGCCUGAAGAGAGACCGAGAGAAGCAGGACCUGAAUGACUCAGAGGAGGAUGGAGAUCUGCUGGAAGAUGACGAGACGAAAAGCAGAGGGAGAGACGAGGAUGAGGUGGAUGAAGGCGAGCACGAGGAAGGGGAGGAUGACGGUGACAGCGCCAAUGAAGACGACUCUUGAACGAAAC